GGACGCGUAUUAAACGCGCGUGAAGCCAGCAGCACGAUGCUUCUGAACAGGGAUAUUAUUUAUCUUCCGUUGAACUAUUAACACUACAACAAGAAAAAAGUUACUUUUCUUUAAAAUAAAACGUUUACGGCAUGCAGCUGCCACAGAAUAUAGAUAAUACAUGAUCAUUCGUGCCUGUAUCCAAAUAGCUUCUGGCAACUCAAGCAGCUACCGGGUAGAAUUGUUCAUCCAGCGUACAGACAGGAACCGUUGAAACCAUUUCAGUGCAUUGAAACAACAGCAACGACUUUGCUUGUAUUAACAAGACUAGGGAAGUGUUGAAAAUGAUCAUCUUACUCCUUGUCAUCGUGGCUGCUGUUAUCUAUCUCUUGUUCUUCAGGAGUAGUCGGCCUGCACUCCCGGAGGGCCGUAAGCUGGAUCAAGUGAUGAAGUACACGGCCAACGACAUUCCAAUCCUCGACUUGCACGGCAUGGGGGCGCAGCAAGCGCUGCAGUGGACAAAAUACUUACUCCGCAAAUGCGGAGACGGUCCCGCUAGAAUCAUCACCGGAAGAGGCCUGCACAGUCCCGGUGGCGAGCCGGUGCUCAGGAACGUUGUCACAGACUACCUCAAGAGAAAUGGAUACCGUUUCAACUUUGCUGAUUGUAACGAAGGAUUACUGAAUGUCUGGUACUAAGGUUGAUUAGGGGAUGGCCACUAUUAUGUUUGUGAAAUUAAACUUAAUAAUAUGACAAUGCAAAAGAUGCAAUUGACGCAUUUUAAUUAAAAUUUCUGGAAAAUCACAUGUAAUCCUGAUAAUGAUUUAGUCGAAACGGAUAUGUACCACAUCUUACGUUGUGAAGUUAUUAAUCCCCAUUUAAACUUUUGUCUCUAUGUAUUGUUAUUUCGGCGAGGGUCGAUGAUGUUGUUGGCUGCACCGAGUACGUUCAGCGAUGUUGUAGUGAACCAUCUUCCCGGAAAGAAAACGGGGGCUAUAUUUGAGGGGAUCCCAAGCUAUUCAUGGCAGAGCAGGACACACGGGACUGCCUCUCGUGGCCACCAGGGACCAGUACCGACCUCAACACUUACGUGGUGCCCCCCUUUAACCCUCCUUGUUUGCUUGCCGCCUUGAAGACGCUGUCGGGGGGGGUCUGUAAGAAAAGGACUCUCGCUCGAACGGCCGAAGCUACUGGUACUCUCUCUCCUCAUCCAACGAGCAGUUUGCUUAUAACAGUGAGACUUCCUUUCCGUAAGCCAGAGAUCCUGGACGGAAGACUGCCGGAAUAGGGAGCCUCCUGCUGUAAAACGAAUUGGAGAGAGGCCGUACUCGAGCCCUUUUUAUUUGUGUAUCCAGUGGUGAAUGGACGGUACGAGACACUCAUUGUAAGAUAAGUAGUAUGAUGCAGUUGUAUACACAAGCUCUGUUAUGAAUUUGUCCUUUUGUGAUUUUUGCUCAUGCCACUUAAUUAAAUAUUCAUUGUA